AUGCUUCCCCCUCCGAAGACCGCCUCUCCAGCACUUGUCUCGACAGAAACCUCCACUCCAGGACUUGUUCCUCCAAAAACUGCAUCUUCAGUACGAUCCGUCCUAUCUCGAAUAGCAUUCAGUCCUACACCUCAACAAAUUGAAAUCGUUUUCGACAAUCCACUUCCCAAACCAGUGAAAGACAGUCAGCUGCAAAAACGAAUUCAGCAAUUACCUGUCAAAUGCAGUUUCUUUGAUAAUGGCUGCACCUGGACUGGUAUACUCAAACAGUUACAGAUCUGCCCAUUGGCCUUGAUUGACUGUCCAAAUAAGUGUGGCGUUUGUGAAAUGACCAGAGAACAGAUCGCGAAACAUUUGCCUGAUUGUCCCAAGGCGGGCUCAUCGUGUCCGUUUUCCGAAUUCGGUUGUCAAUAUCGCGGUGGUCGUGAAAUGCUGCAACAACACAUUCAAGAAGAGCCCAUCAGACACCUGACUUUGCUAUGUGAUGGUGUUCUUGAUCUCAAGAUGUUAUUAGCGAAUAUGGAAUUGAGUAUGGAGACGAUGGGCACUAAUUUGGAAACGCUACAAAAGAAGUGUGCAACACUCGAGAAACUUUAUGGAUCACAGAUGAUCUGGAGAAUUGACAAUGUGAAACAAAAGCAGAACGAGGCUCGUUCUGGAACACGAUCGAUCAUAUUCUCACCACCAUUCGCUAGUGCUCGGCAUGGUUACAAAAUGGUUUUGAGUGUUUCGUUGUAUGGCGACGGACAAGUACGCGGUGAAUACAUGUCUGCAUUUAUAAGUAUUAUGCGCGGUGAGUUUGAUGCACUUUUGGAAUGGCCGUUCACAAAUCAAAUCAAAAUAACUCUGCUCGAUCAGAACGAAGACAUAUCGAGUCGAAACAAUAUCGAAUACGUUAUAAAGCCAACACCAAUCGCAGCACACAAAUCGUUCUUGGAUCGACCGAUCAGCGAGAGAAACGCUUCGUUCGGAGCAGUGCGUUUUUGUGAGUUGGACAUUGUUGAGAAGUACAUACGAGACGAUGUCAUGUUCAUUAAGGUCGAUGUGGACAAUUCCAAAACUCGUCCAUUCUGA